AUGCAUCACAUAUCCCAGCCUCCCACGGUACUGUCCAUGGAAGUAUCGAGCAGGGAUGAUAGCGAGUACAGAAUAUUGGUCUCAAAUCGGGUCCGAUACCUGACUAUCAGCACGGGGACAUUCGAACGAUCAAUCCUUUCUAUGCCGCUCAGCUCUUUACCUGAACUUCCUGAGGAUACCACUUGGAAUGUGGCACACGUCAGUCGAGACCCCUCAAGCCGUGAGGUCGUAAUGAAUCUACAGCACAGAGCCCUCAGUGGUAUAACAAACCUGUGGCAUCCUGUGUCGAUUGACUGUCUCCAGUUGAAGAAGAGGAAGUCGUUUACUCCGACCGCCUACGAAGUCAGUUACACCGGUGACAAACUACAAAGUCCGACAUCGCCUGUUGUUAUUGCGAAAAUCGCGCGAUUCGAGUGGGAAGUACCACGUUUAUCGAUGGAGACAUUCAUGUAUAGAAGGCUGGAAAAUACGGGCCUUGCGCCACGGUUCCUUGGCCAUGUCCAUGAACAUGGCCGUGUGAUCGGCUUUGUGCUGGAGAAAAUCGAAGGCCGUGAAGCAAACAUCGAAGAUCUUCCCUCUUGUCAAUCUGCUCUCCAGCGUUUACAUGAUCUUGGCAUCCUCCAUGGCGACGUCAACAGACAUAAUUUCAUCGUUCAAGAUAACACGACGCGAAUGAUUGAUUUUGAGAAUAGCAAACUUUGCAUUGGCGGUUCUGCGUCCAUGCAAGCCGAGAUGGAUAGUCUACGUGAUCAGUUAGUGGAGGAGACAGGGCGCGGUGCAGGUUUUGCUCGAUGA